CAGUCAGUCUGUCAUACAGACCACACACACCAAGUCAGCGGACCGUCAGAGUUAAAGCUCCAUCCUGAGGCUUCCCCAAUAAUGUCUUUAAUAUAAUCAGCCGCUCAGAGGACUGGAUCUUAACCACCUGUGGCUUCCUCUUAUCUUCUUCGGAGUUCAGCAGAUUCAAUUGAGUCGACACGUGCUGAAAAGUUUUUUUUAACAGAGCGACUCAAUCUAGAGGAGGAGGCAGAAAUCAUUAUCGGUUUAUUUCUGCUCCUGUGGGUGAACUUCUCAGAGCGCUGAACGGAAUAAAAGGAUUUGGGGAAAAUGAGAAGGUCGUGCGAAGUCUGCCGCCAUCAGCUCGUCCUGCUAUUGGCUGCUGCCAUGGCGAUGGCUGUGGAUCCUUCCCACACCCUGGCCAGUGAGAGGAGCUCAAUAGAGAGCACAUAUGAGCUGACCAAAUACCUGGAGUAUCAGCUCAAGGAAAUCAAAGACGUAUAUCUGACCUAUCUCGGGCCUCCGUUCAACGAGAAGGAUUUCUCCCCCCCGCGGCCCAACAGCACGGCCCUGACGCUGCCCAGCGCUGCUACCCGACUGGAGCUGUGGCACGGCCUGGAGAACCAGGCCCGGCUCGCCCAGAACCAGAAGGCCUACUCCGUCCUGCUGGCGGCCGUCAGGGAGCUGGCUCGGUCGACCCUCUGCCCCUCCCUCAAGACCUCCCUGCUUCACUUUUGCACGGGCCUGGAUGGACUCCUGGGCUCGAUAUCUGCGCUGAUGACCACCCUCGGUUACACGCUCCCCCCUCAGUCUGCGAAUGUGGGAAGCAACGGCGGCGAGCUGCAGUACGUGCCGAGGGGGGCGGGGGGCAACCGGCCCGCUCCGCUCAUGAGCCAGAGCUUGUACCGGUCCAGGGCCGGAACGAGGACGGAGUCCGGUCAACGAAGCAACCAAAGGAGAAGCGGGACGAAGGUGAUCAGAGGGGAGAGGGAGGACGGCGUCGGUGCGGACCUGGUGGAAAAGAGGAGGGGGAAAGAGGGGAGGAGGGCGGAGGCGACCGGGGCCGCGGGAAGAAGCGGUGGACUGAGGGAGAAGGGGAAAGGAGAAAGAGGGAGACGGGAGAAGAGGGAAGAGCCGGAGAGCGGGAAGUGGGCUGGAAAAGACGCUGACAGUGAAGAUGAGUUGACGCAAAGCGGAGGGGCGGAGAGAUGGAGGAGGAGGAGGUUGCUGAGCGUCAGCGAGGACGGAGGGGACACGGAGAGGCAGCCUGAACCCAGCGACCAGGUGUCAUACCUGGCCGUGGGCCCCUCCGGCUCCCUUCAGUACAGCUACAACCUGAACUCGCGGCACGCAGGCGACACGCUCCGAGAGGAGGACGGAUUUAUUGUGGAGAGGAUGUUGAUGGUGGAGGAGGAGAAGCAGACGGACACGGACGCUCCCUCCUCGUCCUCCUCUGUCCAUCAUCAUCAUCAGCAGCAGCAGCACCGCCGGCCUCCCCGCUCCAUCCUGUCCCCGACCCUCCCGCCUGCUCUGUCCACCCUCUCCCUGCUUUACCAGUUCGGAACGGGUGAGGAGCACACCCUCCUCCCCCAGACUGUGCCCCUGUCUCUACGGCGGGGCACCUCCCUCCUCUCGCCUCCCCUGAGCCCCCUCUUCUCCUCCUCGCCCUCCUCGUCUUCGCUCCUGUCAGUGCGGCCGACGAUGAACGACUUCGCCAGGAAGGUGGAGGGCUUCUGGAUCCUCCGGGAGCUGCAGAGCUGGUUGUGGAGGUCAGCGAAGGACUUCAACCGCCUCAAGAAGAGACUCCGAGGCUGAGACUCGCGGUUUCGGCGCGGGACACUGAGACGUACACAGACACACAAAAGUGCAGUAUAUAUAUAUAUAUAUAUAUCUCGGAAGUCUAUUAUUUGCACAGUGGCAUCAAACAGACAGAAGCACACGAACACAGUCGCGCUUAACACAUUCAUUCAUACCGUACUGGAAUAAGUGAAUGAAGGACUAUUUGGCAGGUCACCAGAAGUGCUAAUGGAAUAUAAGACACACAAAGCCAACACAUUACCAGCACUGUCACCCGCCUAAUGCACAUAGCAGCUCAUUGAGCGAGACACACUGAGAUCGGGCUGAGUUACCGGACUUCACGGCUCAUGGAUCGACAGAAAUACCACUGUAGGUGGUUAGACACACACACAGACGGGCAGACGAGGGCAAACUGAGUGACAGGCAGCGAGACAGACAGUGCAGCCAUUCAGCGAGGACUGAUUCAACGGCCCCAGAUGCGUGAAUCAGCAAACAUUCAUUUUCUCUAAAGGACGGAGGAAAAAUUUCUGAAUGGGCGAAAGACAAAAGCGGAGGAAAAAUGGCCGGAGGGAUGAUGAGGGCAUAGAGCAGGAGAAGGGGAAGCUGAGUCAGGGGGUGAGCGGUGGAAGUAACCAGCAGAGGGGCACUGCUGAGUAAUCAGAACUAACUGCCCAGUUACAGUAACCCUACAACGGCGCCACUCACACUGUCCGGUCAUACGGUCAAACACACACGCGGUUAUUGUCACAUUUUAUGACUUAAACUUACCAGUAACUUCUAUCCUGCUUUGGACACAAUGCUCAGAAAUGUGUAACACUUGUUCACACAAUCGCUCUGCAGCAAGAACACGACAUUCGACCUAUUUUUCCCCUAAAACUGAGCUGUUCUAGAGCUCGAACAGAGAGUUCAGCACUGAGCGUGAAGACUGGAAUCAGGCAAAGGUAAAAUAAAACCACCAGCACCUCUUGACACAUAAUAUCUAAUUUGUUUAAAUAGGACCAAACCUACUAAACCCAUGACAAUGAAACAUAGUGGUACAGCUCCAAAAAAUAACAUUACUUGAUGACAAACAGAUAUUUCUUUUUAUUAAAUUAUAUGAUCAGCAUCCCAGGCAUUGUAACAGACUGGAUGCUGGUAGGUUUCUUUUUACCUUUGGACAAUGCUAGGUUAGGUGUUUGCUACUGUUCUCAAACUUUUAUUCCACUAUUACGCACUAAGACCAUAUGGUAUAGCUAUAGCAGAUGUAUGGUGAUCGGUAUGAAUGUUAAAUGUUAAUAACCAACACGUUCCCAGAGUGUCAAAUACUGCUAUUAUGUCAAAGCCGCUGACGUCUCCUCUUCACGGCUUCAUUCGUUUAGUUUGAGGCCUCAGAGCCACUUGGAUCGUGGGUUUUUGGUUCAAAUGGGUUAACAUCGGAGUACAUCACAACACCAAAGGGAGCCCCGUGCUUAUCUCUGUGACGCCAGCCGCUUUGACAAAACAGCAGAAUUUGACGCCCUGGGAAUGAGAGCGACCUCUAAUAUUUCAACUACGAGGCCCAUCUUGGCUAUGGAGAUACCACUUAGGGGCCUCAAGAACUUGCUUUUGUUUUCUGCUGCAAAUUUCCGAUGAAGAGUCUGAUCACGGUGACAACAACAGAAAGUAAUUUACUUUUUUUUUUAUUUAUAUUUCUUCUCAGUAAUCAUAUUUUCAGUGCCAAAAUGUUGAAAUAUUCCUUUACGUAACUUAACCUGAAGACAAAGUUCAGACAUACAGUGAUUUCCUCCUGGAAAACUAACAGAUUUCUUUUCAGAAUGAAUCUAAAUGAAUCUUGUCAUGUGUUUGCAAUGUAUCUUAGAUGAUAUGGCUAAAGGUUAUAGAUCAUAUCUAUGCUAUUUAUUGAACAAGAUGUCUAUUUAUUUUCCUCCAGUGUGAAAAUACUGUAUUGUAACUCAAAAGAGAAUAAAUACUAGCUUUUGUACAGAG